AUGUGUACUGCCGCACCUGCUCCCCAGAAGAAGGCGCCUACAAUAGACGUCCUCACCGCCGAUCUUCACGCCACCAACCUCGACGGCUCCUCCGGCCCCGAUUUCCGUGCUGUCUCGUCCAAGCAUCUCAAACAGCUCCUUCUCGAGCCUGUUGACGAGACCGCUGCAGCCUCAAUACCAGGCUCAAUAUCGUCACAGUCGAUCGAGGCUCCCAAAGCGAUAGAUCAAGCUGCCAACCCGUCGGUCAUAGAUGUUGCCGAAAAGGAAGGCGAUUCCGCAUCCGCUCCGUCCGCUCCUCAGGUCCAAGGCCUAGUCAAGUACAUCGCUGACCGGGUCACCUACGAGGGCGGCGAGUUUGUAUUGCGCAUCGGUGCGCCCAGCCCCAACGAGAGCGAUGCCGAAACAGCCACCUUCACCGACGAGGAGCUCUCAAUAGCUAUUGCAAAUGUCGUCAAAGCCUCGAGCUUAUCGGAUGCCGAUGCCAGUGUGCUUCACCAGCAAACCGCCGAGGACGGUCACAGCAGAUCAGCUCAUGUUCUCAUCCGCAGGAUACCUGCUGGUGCCGAAGAGCUGGUCGAGCUGCGCAUCGCGGUCAUCGGCAACGUCGACGCCGGCAAGUCCACCAUGCUCGGUGUCCUCACCAAGGGCGGUCUCGACGAUGGACGAGGCAAGGCGCGUGUCAAUCUUUUCCGUCACAAGCACGAGAUUGAGUCCGGCCGAACCUCGUCCGUGGGAAUGGAGAUCAUGGGCUUCGACUCGAAGGGCAGACCGGUCCACAAUGCCGCCGGACCUGGUCAAGAGCCCGGGCGCAAGAUGUCGUGGGAGGAGGUCUGCGCCAAGUCGAGCAAGGUCAUCUCCUUCAUCGAUCUCGCCGGUCACGAGCGCUACCUCAAGACAACCGUGUUCGGCAUGACCGGCUGUCUGCCAGACUUUGUGAUGCUCAUGGUGGGUGCCAACGCCGGUCUCAUCGGCAUGUCCAAGGAGCAUCUCGGCAUUGCCCUUGCGCUCUCCGUGCCCGUCGUCGUGUGCAUCACCAAGAUCGACAUGACCCCUGCUCACGUCCUGGAGACGACGCUCAAGCAGCUCACCAAGAUCCUCAAAUCGCCCGGCUGCCGCAAGACGCCGGUCUUCAUCAACGACAUGGGUCAGGUCGUCGAAUCGGCGCUUCGACUCGAGACCGAACGCAUCUGUCCCAUCUUCCAGAUUUCCAAUGUCACUGGCCUCAAUCUUGACCUCCUGCGCAGCUUCCUCAACAUUCUCCCCCAAGCCAGCGCUGCCAAGUUCCAGGUGAACCAGCCAUUCGAGUUCCAGAUCAGCGACAUCUUUUCUGUUCCCUUCGUCGGCACUGUCGUCUCUGGUGUUGUGCUCGGUGGCAGCUGCAAAGUGGGCGACGUGUCUCUGUUGGGCCCGGAUAGUCUGGGUCAAUUUGUCACCACCUCGAUCCGCAGCAUUCAACGCAAGCGUGUCAACGUCGACGGCGCCACGGCAGGCCAGAGCGUCUCGUUUGCGCUCAAGAAGAUUCGCCGCAACCAGGUGCGCAAGGGCAUGGUCAUGGUAGCACGCACCGAGGUUGCGCCCAAGAGCUACAUGGAGUUUGACGCCGAGAUUCUUUGCUUGUACCACUCGACGACGCUCUCGGUGGGCAGCUGCAUGGUGCUGCACGCCGCAUCCAUCCGACAGACCGUGCGCAUCGUGGGGAUCGCCAAGCUCGACGGCAAGCCCACGCUCGGCACCGGCGCUGCUGGCGGCGAUGCACACGGCGGCAAGCCGGUGGUGCGUACGGGCGACCGAGCUAAGCUGCGCCUCCAAUUCAUCAGGUACCCCGAGUACGUCAAGCCUGGCAUGAAGCUCAUCACGCGAGAGGGGAAGACCAAGCUCAUCGGUGUCGUGCGAGCCGUGGGCCAGACCGGACCGCUGGGUGGAGCUGCGGCGGCGAUGCCCAAUGCUGGUCCGUCGAACGUGCCGCCUGCUGCGCACAACACAAAUGCGUACCCUGCGCCGGCGCUCGGGGUCAAAUGA